CCCCGCGCAUUCCCGACCCUCCGGGCGGCGUUGGCGGCGGUGCGGGGCCGGAGCUCGGGGCCGGAGCUCGGGGCCGGGGUGGGGGGGGGGCCGCGAUGCCGCAGCUGGAGCCGGCGGCGGGGGACGACCUGGGGGCUCCGGACGAGCUGAUCGCCUUCCAGGACGAGGGCGAGGAGCAGGACAAGGGCGCGGGGCGCGGCUCGGCCCACGGGGACCUGGACGAGCUCAAGUCCUCGCUGGUCAGCGAGACCGAGGGCCGCGCCGCCGCCCCGGGCGGCCCCGACGCCGAGGUGAGCGGGGAGCGGCCCCCGCGAGCCCCCGGGAAAGUUUCCAGAAGACCGCGGGACGCGCUCGCUGCAAUGGUCAGACGGCAGCAGGAUGGGGGCUUUUUUAAGGGCCCCCCCUACCACGGUUACCCCCUGCUGAUGCUCCCCGAGCUGGGCACCCCGUACCUCUCCAAUGGAGCUCUGUCACCUGGAGGCCCCCGCACCUACCUGCAGAUGAAGUGGCCGCUGCUGGAUGUGCCGGCUGGGGCCACACUAAAGGACAGCCGCUCACCGUCACCCGCACACCUGUCCAACAAGGUCCCGGUGGUGCAGCAUGCGCCCCACAUGCACCCGUUGACGCCGCUCAUCACCUACAGCAAUGACCACUUCUCUCCUGGCUCGCCGCCCGCGCAUCUCUCACCUGACAUCGACCCCAAAACGGGGAUCCCGCGCCCGCCGCACCCUCCCGAGCUGCCCCCCUACUACCCGCUGUCGCCAGGAGCUGUGGGUCAGAUCCCUCACCCGCUGGGCUGGCUUGUGCCGCAGCAAGGACAGCCCAUGUACUCCAUCCCCCCCGGCGGCUUUCGGCACCCCUACCCCGCCCUCGCCAUGAACGCCUCCAUGUCCAGCCUGAUGUCCAGCCGCUUCUCCCCACACAUGGUCCCGCCGCCCACCCACGGUCUGCACCCCUCAGGCAUCCCACACCCCACCAUCGUCUCACCCAUUGUGAAGCAGGAGCCUGCCCAGCCCAGCGCCAGCCCUGGCAGCAGCUCGAAAUCCCCCAUCACAGUAAAGAAGGAGGAGGAGAAGAAGCCCCACAUCAAGAAGCCUCUGAAUGCUUUCAUGUUGUACAUGAAAGAGAUGAGGGCGAAGGUCGUUGCUGAAUGCACGCUGAAGGAGAGCGCGGCCAUCAACCAGAUCCUGGGCCGACGGUGGCACUCGCUGUCGCGGGAGGAGCAGGCCAAGUACUACGAGCUGGCACGCAAGGAACGGCAGUUGCACUCACAGCUCUACCCCACGUGGUCUGCCCGCGACAACUACGGCAAGAAAAAGAAGAGGAAGCGAGAGAAGCUGGCCCAGCAGCAGAGCCACGAGGCAGAGAGUGCUCUGCCCUCCAGGAGCAAGAAGCCGUGCGCCCCACACCACCUGCCCCCCGAUAAACCCUGCGACAGCCCGGCCUCGUCCCACGGCAGCAUGUUGGAUUCACCUGCCACGCCGUCAGCCGCCCUGGCCUCCCCGGCUGCGCCCGCAGCCACACACUCGGAGCAGGCGCAGCCGCUGUCGCUCACCACCAAGCCGGAGGCCAGGGCUCAGCUCGCCUUCCUCUCCGGCAAAUCCUCCUCCUCCUCCUCCUCCCUGGGCUCCCCCCCGUCGCUGCUCCCCCGGCCCAUCGCCUUCCCCUCGCUGCUGCUCCCCUCCCCUCCUGCCCCGCAGCAGACGCAGCCGCUCGCGCUGGUCACCAAACCGGCCGACUGAGGGUGGGCUGAGCAGGAGCCCCCCACCGCCCUGCACCGCAGCCGCCACAAUCACGACUCCCAACGCAGCCAAACCUUUAUUGGUCAAUAUUUGACCUUUUCUGAACUGUUUUUUUUUGUGUUUUAUUCUUUUUGUCUUUUGGGAAGCAGACUCUGGAGGAAGAGGCUCUUUCCCUUUACCAGCAGUCGACCUAAAGACUGUUUUUAUUAAAAAAGAAAAAAAAAAAAGGGGGGGGGGAGGGGGAGGGAAAUGUUUUUUUGUGUUUUUUAAUAUUUUUUAAGAAUAAAAGAGAGAAAGAAAAAAAAAAGAAAAAGGACCUUUCCUCAGGCUGGGCAUCCAGUGCUGAUGCCCCCAGUGCCCCCAGUGCCCCCAGUGCCAUCCCACUACAGCUGGACCCCGUCCCCAGCUCGGUGCUGGGCUGGGGGGACAUGGGGUGGGGCUGGGGGGGGGGUUUCUCAUUGAAUCCCUGUUAUUUUUCACAAAAAGAAAACAAAACAAAAAAAAAA